AUCUCUAACGGAAACACAAAAUAAAACCUACUACAAUUUGUUGCAUUUUGCCUAAAUUCGUCACAAACACUGCCGUUAAAACGUUUAUAAUGUCCUACUUGACCAAUUUCAACAGUGAUACUGCCAAGCAAAUUCUUAUGGACAUAAUACGCUGUGUAAAUCAGCCGGAAAACUCGAAGAAACUCUCAGAGGCAAAGGCUUCCGCUGGAAAAGAGAUGAUUCUCAUGAUGCAGCACGUUUUUCCAUUGGUGAUGCAACUCCAACUGGAGGUCAUUAAGGGUCAUGGGUUUCCUGGAAACCGCGAGGGAUUAGUCCAGUUCUCCCAGCUCAUCAGAGAAAUGGAAAGGGACGACAUGGAAAUCGUACGCCUGCGCAGUCAGAUCCGCGCCAUAUACCUGCCCCCCAUAGCUAUAAACACCACCAACGACAUCCUAAUCUAAGCGUGGGGUAAAUCCCCCAAACAAGACUGCAAUUCUGCCCCCCGGUGGGUUUUUUAAUAUACUUUAAGCGACUUUUAAUAUUUGUAGCCCUUUUCAUUUGAAGAAACUAUAUUCAUUUUCAAUUAUGCCUUAACGUCAUCUAGAAAAUCUUAUUUUCAAAGAAUAUUGAAAUACUUCUCUAAUACAGAUUUCUGAAACAGGCCACCAAAAUAGACUUAAGCUUGAUAUUCUUAUAAAAUGCAUUUCUUUUGAU